GGUCUGUCAUCCCAGCUACUCCAGAGACAGGAGGAUCACGAGGUAAUGGUCAGGCUGGGAGUGUAGAGACCCUUCUCGAGGUGAGGAGGGUGUGGGACUUAGCUCAGAGGGUUACACUGCGCCUGGGUUCCACCUCCAGUACUGCAGAGGAAAAAACACAAACAAAAGCCCAGGCUGCACGACAGCGCUUUUACUUUACGCCGCCUGCCGCCCCCCAUGCCCAGGCCCUAAUCGGCCGGCCCAGCCGCUUUCGGCUCCCGCGGCCCAGGCCCUCGGCCCGCCGCCACCGCGCGCCCGCGCCGCCCCGCCCCGCCCGCACCUCGCCGCCCCGGCCGGUCGCUCCCGGCUCCUGCGCCACCGCUUCCGGUGGGCCCGGGCGUCUCCCGCGAGCGCUGCACGGCCGGCGGCGCCAGAUGCAGGCGGAGCGAGGAGCUCGGGGCGGCCACGGGCGGAGGCCCGGGCGCGGGCGGCCCGGUGGGGAUCGAGACCGCGACCGCGACCGGGCCGGCGCCGCCGCGGCGGUGGCGAGAGGCGGCGGCGGGGACGUAGCCGGCCGCCGAGGUCGCGGCCGUGGCUUCCGCGGCCACCGCGGAGGCCGGGGAGGAGGAGGAGGAGGAAGAGGCCCGCGAGGCGGCCGCAGGGAGCCGGGGCGCCGCGACGCCUGGUCCAGCUCGCCGGUUGAAGAUGACAGUGAUACAGAAAUCCAAAGAGAAGAGAAUGAUGAACAGGGAAAUUAUUCUAAAAGAAAAAUCAUCUCUAACUGGGAUCGAUACCAAGAUACUGAAAAAGAGGCCAAUAAUGAGAGUGGAGAAUCACAGAGAGGGACAGAUUUCAGCGUCCUCCUGAGCUCUGCAGGGGACUCCUUUUCACAAUUCCGGUUUGCAGAGGAGAAAGAGUGGGAUGGUGAAGUUUCAUGUUCCAAACAGAACUCAGCACUUUAUGUGGAUAGUAUGUCACUGGUCCAAGCUCUUCAAGAACUGCCUCUCUCACUCCGACUCAAUGUGGCUGCUGAGUUGAUCCAGAGUGUGGUUCCUUUAGAGCUUCCUCAGGUGAAACCAAAGAGAAAGGAUGAUGGCAAGGGACUAGGAAUGCAGUUAAAGGGGCCCCUGGCGCCUGGAGGAAGGGGCCCCAUUUCGGAGCUGAGAUCUUCCACUUCUGGGUGCCCUGGGUCCCUGGGCAAAGACAGCCCAAGACCUGCCCCUUCAGGGGCUUCUCAGAAACCGAAUUCUCUGCUGCAGUCAGCAGCAGACCAUUUGGAAGAAGAACUGGAUCUGCUGCUUAAUUUAGAUGCAUCUGUAAAAGAGGGAGACGACAUCUUACCAGAAGAGAUGUCUCAGGACCUGAAAUCUGAGAAAGAUGGACAGGUGGCGCAAGAGGAACAAGCUCCCACAAAGCCGUCUGUGACUGAAGAAAAGAAGGCAGAAUCUGAGCAACCAAGUACAUCUAAAAGUGUUACCGAGGAAGAGCUGGAAGACUGGUUGGACAGCAUGAUUUCCUAAAGACAACAACGCCCGAGCAAACUUGGGUUGCCUGCGCCGUGCAGGUGGGCGUCGGGCUGUCCUUAGGGCCAGCUGCUGUACCGGCAUGCCCCCAGCUGGUGUGCUGCAUCGUGCUCUCAGCAUCAGCCUGCCUGUCUGACAGCAUCUAGAAUAAUACCUGUACAAAACCUG